UGGGAAUGGACGGGUGUGAUUAAAUAUCUCUAGUUCCAAUCCCUAGUUAGGUUGUCGUGCGGCGAGGAAGAGAGGAGAGGGAGAAGAGUGGCCGACGAGGGAGCGUGCGGCGACACCACGGCCACCGGAGGCGAGAGUGCGAGCAGAGCGGCUAGGAGAGUGAGAGGUUGAGAGAGUGCUGUAGAGAGGGAUAGAGGUAGAGAGAUAGACAUAAAGAGCCAUCUUGAGGGAACUAAGUGAAGGAAAGGGAGGAGAGGGAUAAAGUGAGCGAUAAAGUUUGAGAUAGCGUCUCUCCCUAUCCUUGAUCCGUGUUCUCUACGUCCAUCAUGGCUAACAAGCUCGUGGUUCUUGGAAUCCCAUGGGAUGUGGAUACAGAAGGUUUGAGGGAAUACAUGACCAAGUUUGGACCUUUGGAUGAUUGUGUGGUCAUGAAGGAGCGCUCGACUGGUCGUUCACGAGGAUUUGGCUAUGUGACAUUCUCAUCAGCAGAGGAUGCUAAGAGUGCACUUGAUUGUGAGCAUGUUCUUGGCAACAGAACCCUUGAGGUGAAGGUGGCCACACCCAAGGAAGAGAUGAAGGGGCCAACAAAGAAAGCUACCAGAAUUUUUGUUGCUAGGAUAGCACCAUCAGUUACAGAGGCAAUGUUUCGAAGUUAUUUUGAAAAUUAUGGAGAAAUAACAGACUUGUACGUGCCAAAGGAUCAAGGGUCCAAAGGGCAUCGUGGAAUUGGGUUUAUCACUUUUGAUAAUGCAGAUGCUGUGGAUUUGAUUAUGGCAGAGUCCCAUGAACUUGGUGGUUCUACUGUAGUUGUUGACCGAGCUACCCCAAGGAAUGACGAAGUUAGAUAUCCUAGUAGAGCGCCACAGAGUGGAUAUGGUGCAUACAAUGCUUAUAUCUCAGCUGCAACACGGUAUGCAGCGCUUGGGGCUCCAACGCUGUAUGAUCACUUUGGUUCUUAUGGAAGAGAGUAUUUUGGGCCUUCACGUGGCAUUGGUAGAAAGAUUUUUGUUGGUAGACUUCCCCAGGAGGCAAGUGCUGAGGAUCUGCGCCAGUACUUUGGUCGGUUUGGCCAUAUCACAGAUGUCUAUGUUCCAAAGGAUCCCAAGAGAAGUGGCCAUCGAGGCUUUGGCUUUGUGACUUUUGCUGAGGAUGGUGUAGCAGAUCGUGUAUCCCGUAGGACUCAUGAAAUUCUUGGACAUGAGGUUGCUAUAGACUCAGCAACACCGCUAGAUGAUGCCGGGCCCAGUGCAGGAGGAUACAUGGAUCCAGCUGAGGUUUAUGGAGGGCAUGGUCCCAUGCGAAACUAUGGCAGACUCUAUGGCAGCCUAGACUUUGACGACUAUGGCUAUGGAGCUAAUGGGAUCAGUCGAUCAAGAAUGGAUUGGAGGUACAGGCCAUACUGACACGAGUUGUGCUCUUUACUUCCAUUUGCGAUUUCGAUUUCUAUUUAUUAAGGAUAAAUUUGCAAGGAUGUCAAAUGAAACUUCUACCUUACAUACUCCUGAAAUCUCUCUUCACUGUUGUGAUUGACGUAGAUUUUACGCUAUGUAUCCGGAAACUUUAUUAUAUCAUGCCCUUCAGUCUUGUAA